GAGUAACGACAAUCGACGGUGGUAGGAAAACAAGCUGUUCGCGCUAGCAAACGAUGGUUGAUUCUUAAAGGAGAACUAAUAACAACGAGUAAUAAGAAACCACCCAAGUUUUACAUGUCCCAUAAGAUAACUCAAAGAGUUGCUGCAUUCUCGAAUACGAUUGUUUCCCACGACCAUCUGGAUGCCAGUUUGGUUUUCAUUUUAACACUAAGAAUACCGUGAAUACCGUAUGCUUGUGGAUGAUUUUCCUUAAGCUUUAACGCGAAAAUAAUUUAUUGGGUUUUUUUGAGAAUUUAACACUGUUGAUCUGGUCAUCACUGUGGCAUAUGUUGUGUUCGGCGCUACGAGUAUACACAAGUCUGGCAUUACUUAUAAAUUAUAAUUAUCGCUAACCGGAAGCGAAUUACCUACACGCUCUGAUAAUGGAAGUCCCAAAAAUGUUUAACGAAGAAGGUGGCGGCCGUAAGAGUAAAGCAGCAAUGAAGGCCAAACUGGAGGAGCAACAAUCGCAAAUGGACCGGGCAGCGUUGCGUAGACAGGUGGAGUCCCUGAAGAUGCAGGUGAACAUGGAGAGGAUGCCCCUUUCCCGUUCCAUCGCCGAAUUACGGGGCUACGUGGAAACUCACGAGCGCAACGAUCCCCUCGUGGUGCCUGUGGAUAAGAAGCAGAAUCCUUGGGCGGAGAAGACCAAAUGUGUCAUUUUCUAAAACAGGAAUCUCUCUCAAAAACGACGGAUGGUGACAUGCGUGGAGGUCUGUCAAAGUGGUGUGGUAGUGAGUACAAUUGUUAAGUAGCAUUUUUUGGUUUUUGGCUUCGUGUCUCCUGAUGUCUUACUUUAUAUAAUUAUAUCCACAUAAUUUUUAUCUGUGGCUUCGUUCAUUCCUCACUUAUUUUUGUCUGUCUAGUCAGGAGCGAUUAUCUUUCUGUUUUCUCUCUAUAAGCACUUUUUCUGAUUGUUGUUUCGUUGCGAACUUGCGAUUUUAUUGGGAAGCGAAGCGAUUUUGUUUUCUUGGCUGCUAAAGCUAUGUACUUAAUUUUUAGACGUAUGUGUCUUGCGCUGGCAAAAUUAAAAAUGGUCGGUUAA